AUGGCGGGCGUCGGCUCGGCGUUGCGGCGGCUCUACCUCUCCGUCUACAACUGGGUCGUCUUCUUCGGAUGGGCGCAGGUGCUGUACUACGCGGUCCUGACGCUGCGGGAGAGUGGGCACAAGGCCGUCUACGCCGCCGUCGAGAAGCCGCUGCAGUUCGCGCAGACAGCCGCCGUCAUGGAGAUUCUUCAUGGACUCGUAGGGUUGGUGAGGUCUCCGGUCUCUGCAACUCUUCCACAGAUUGGAUCCAGGUUGUUCCUUACAUGGGGUGUUUUGUGGAGUUUUCCUGAGACCCAGUCACAUCUUCUUGUUACUACCCUGGUCAUAAGCUGGUCUAUCACUGAGAUCAUCAGAUACUCUUUCUUUGGAAUGAAGGAGGCAUUUGGCUUUGCACCUUCCUGGUUAUUAUGGCUUAGGUACAGCACCUUUAUGUUGUUGUAUCCUACUGGUAUCUCUAGUGAAGUUGGUCUGAUCUACAUUGCCUUGCCUUAUAUGAAGGCAUCGGAGAAAUACUGUCUUAGGAUGCCCAACAAAUGGAACUUCUCAUACGAUUACUUCUAUACAUCUAUUCUUGCCCUCCUGAUUUAUGUUCCAGGAAGUCCGCACAUGUACCGUUACAUGCUCUCACAGAGGAAGAAGGCACUAUCAAAGGCCAAAGCGGCAUAA